AUGCGCACGGUCUUUCGGAAUGCCAGGGUCUUCACUGGCUCGCAGGAUGCAUUGUCGUACGGCAUGCACACAUGCAUCAUGAUCAAUGGCGACAGCAUCGAAUAUGUGGGCGAUGGAUCCGAUGCUGCUGUGCAUGCGGCAACGAGUGAAGGAGCCAAAGUGGUCGACCUUGACAACAAACACACUCUAGCGCCUGGCUUUAUUGACGGCCACAUGCACCUCCUGAUGUUCGGCACUUCGUUGCAGAAGAUCAGCCUGGAACAUUGUCGGACGCUGGCGGAUAUACAAUCCACGAUCCGAGACGCUGCGAGGGAUGAUCCUUCGAAACGUCGCAUACUCUGUCGUGGCUGGAUGCAUUUCAUGACCGAGGGACGCGCGUUGGCAAAGGACUUGGACGAGCUUGAUGAGCAGGGCAGAGCUAUCUUUAUCGACUCGAAGGACUUGCACUCCACGUGGUGCAAUUCUGCCGCCCUCAAGGAGAUGGGCGUGCAGAAUAUGCCAGAUCCGCCUGGCGGAGAGAUCAAACGGGACGAGCAGGGCAAUGUCACCGGGCUACUGAGUGAGGCCGCCGCCAUCACGAUUGUGUGGCCGCAUCUCGCAAAGGUGGCCUCGAUGGAGGAGAAACUCUCGGCGAUUCGUCAAGCAAUCAAGACUUACAACUCCUGCGGAUAUACGGGGAUGGUAGAAAUGGCCAUGGAUGAGAAUGCAUGGGAGGCUCUGCUUGAGUUACGGGCCACCGAGGAACUGUCCAUUCGCGUGGCUGCGCACUGGCUGAUUUAUCCGUCCAAGACAGACGAGGAGAAUCUGCGCCAGGUUGAUCGCGCCAUUGAAUUGUGGAAGCAAUAUAACCUGCAGACAUCGCCGAAUUUCCGCAUCGCGGGCAUCAAAGUCAUCGGUGAUGGGGUGAUUGAUGCGUGCACGGCGGCGCUAUUGGAACCAUAUUCAUCAAAUGGUGUCUCGUGCGAUCCAUUGUGGGAUCCUGACAUGCUCAGGAAGGUCGUUGAACGCGCCGACGCUGCGGGUCUGCAGUGCGCUUUGCACGCCAUUGGAGACGCGACAAUCAAGAUGGCCAUAGACACCCUCGAGACCGUCGCUUCGAGCGGGCGACGCCAUCGCAUCGAGCACUUGGAGCUGACAUCCCCGGGGGAUGCCAAACGGCUGAGCGAGGCUGGGAUCACCGCGUCAAUUCAAGCCGUGCACGCCGAUCCCGCCAUUCUGCGGCAGUGGAACAAUUUACUCGGCGAGCAGCGACGUGGUCGUGCCUUUGCGUAUCGAGAGUUCCUCGACGAGGGCGUGAAUCUCGCGCUGGGCACCGACGCUCCCACGGCCCCCAACCUACCUCUGCCCAAUCUCUACGUCGCCACAACCCGGCGGUCGGCGAGGGAACCGGAAUCGCAAGAGGUGGUCAACAAGCAUUUUGCGCUGCCGCUGUUGAAUGCCUUCUCGGCGGCUACGCAGGGAGCGGCGUACAGCUGCUUCAUGGACCAGAUUACCGGGAGGUUGGAGGUCGGCAUGAAGGCCGACUUCGUAGUCUUGGAUAUGGAAUGGUCACCAGAGACUCUGCUGCAGGCAAAGGUCCUCCAGACCUGGUUCGAUGGACAACAGGUAUAUAUUGCUCAAUGA